AUGGACUACUUUUCAAAGUUCUUGCGUUCCGGUAGUCAACCUUCUCCUAAGCCUUCUCAUGAUUAUGCUCUAGAGUUCCAUCAAUCAUGGCUCCUUGUCAAGAACACACUACUGCACCCGGAUGAACGACAGCUGACUAGGGGGAUUAAGUCUACAGAUGUCCCUGUUCAUCUCAAAUCUAUGGUGGAUUUGUUGGUUUUAGAGUCGACUAGGACUGAGGAAGGGGCAACUGGUGUUUGUUUGGAAUAUCUUUUGAAGAACGACGUGCUUGGUACCCUUGUCCGACUGAGCGAGGCAGAUCGUCCGUCAGGCAUUCAAGCUGAAGUCCUUCGCGCCGUUCAGAACAUGGUCGUUUUACUGGACGAGCAGUUCCUUGUUCACUCUGCUGUGCAUAAAGCAGUCCUUCGUCUGUUGAGAAACUGUGUUGGUGACGAUCUUCAGGAACAGAUGGACAAUCGAAGUCGAAAGGUCAUGGGUGCCGCUGGAAACGCGGUUCGUAGUUUACCAUCUGAGUACGAGGAAGACUUGGUAAAUCUCUUGUGCAUCCUUUGCAGCCGCAUCCGAACAUACAGAGAAUUGCUCAUGAUAUUCUUCCACGACAAGCAUUGGUAUCACUCCGAACCACUAUUUUCGGUAGACGAGGAGGAGGAUGAAGAAGAAGAAGAAGAGGACGAAGAAGUCAAAGAGGAGGCAGGAAAUAGCCAACCUGCUACGUCUGAGACUUCAAGGAACGAUCGUCCUCCCUCCCUUUCAUCAUCUCAGGAGCCUGCGCAUGGGUCGUCCCACACAAGAAAAACCGAAUACGAAUUUCUCCUCUUCAAUUAUCUCCUUCGCUUUGUUCAUCGUGAGGGGCAGAUUGGCGACUUUGCGCGAGCUGGGCUCCUUUUCCUGAUGGACGUUGCCAUGUCUCCUGGCGAACAAAUUCACAAAUUAGCCGGGGAGGAUCCCUCGUCUCCUUCACUCUCACUCAACACGCCUGCUUCAGAUCCGAUCACUGAUGCUGCUCUCUCGCUUGCUGAGUAUAUUCUGGAUGGCGAUUUUUCCGAAGUUCUUGGAGCAGGUGUUGGUGCCGUCUACUCCCUCCUUCCAUCAAAACUAGAGAUCCGACCUCCCGUCCCGGCGGAUGGCGCUCAAGGGAAUAGCAUGGUUCUCGGGAAUAACCCAAUCGAGGCGGAAGAGGCUGCAGCUCUUGAAGCGACCCGAGAGAAGCUUCCAGGUAUGGGAGUAGAGAUAUCUACGAACCCUGAUUUCAGAUCUCGACUGGACCACUUCUUGAAGCUCCUUGAGUUCCUGGAAGACGUGUUUCGACGGAAUGUGGUUCACGAAGAUGCUGAAUCUAGUCUCGAUGCAUCGACCCUUGUCGGCAGCGCGAUCGUUCAAUCCAUCCUAGAUGCUUUUCGACGAAUUUUCCUCGAAAACGUCCUCUACCCUUCCAUCCUCGAAUGUUCGGACGCAGAUGGGAGCGCUGUGGCAGUGAUGUCCUAUAUUGAGAUCAUGAUUCGAACUCUCCACGAUGGCCAACUUGCCAAUCUCCUCGUCGAUUUCCUCAUGAGCGAAGAUAAUGACGAAGUUACGCGCACUCGCCAACGGCCUCAUAGCAUGCUCACCCUUGACCAGAAUGCACCACCCCAGACCAAAAGAACCGACAAGCAAAUGAAGAAGAUUCGACGAAAGAGUAGCGCUAUGGUCCUGCUGGAAAUGGAGGCGCCAGACUCUAGACGGCAAUCGGAGUACUUUACAUCCAUGGGUCGGUUCACUCUCAAGGAUCUGCUCCUCUCCAAUCUUCGUUCCAGUAAUCAGCCUACUGCAGCUGCUGCUUUGCAGUUGCUUCAGUCACUGCUGUACGAACACAAUCAGCUCUGUGCAGAACAGCUGCUUAGAGUCAUAUAUGAUUCCAGGGCUACGAGCUUCCCGAUACCUGCUAUAAUCAAUCCCCUCCCCCAGGCAAGGAAGGCUACAACGCCCGUGGAUGACAACGGCGACAACGACGAGGGGGAAGAGAUGUUCGUCUACCCCGGUGCAGACGACCUUCUUUCACCAAUAUCGAAUGGCCCUAUUUAUUCUCAACCAAAUACCACAUACUCAACUCACGAGCGUGAAAUGGGUUUAUACCUGAAUCUAAUCUCGCGAUUUGAUCCACUAUAUGUCGGCGAUACAUUCAGCACGGGCUACGACAAGUACCUCGCAGAUGCCCUCAUUGCCAUUCAAGAGUAUAGCUCGUUCUGGAUGGAUCAUAAUGGCGAAUCGCGAGAGAAACUGAAACACCGACUUAACCCCAACGACCCCAUCUUAUCAUUGGUUCUGGAGUCACUGCGCAGGUUCUUAUCAAACACCCCGGAGUUCAAUAUCGCACUGACCGGUGUGCUAGCUACGCUGGCGUUCGAUGCCAAUCGCUCCCUGGCGGGGUGGUUGACUUUUGGUUACAAGGAGGAGCAAAUGGUUCUUGGAUACAGGGAUAGUGGUAUAUCAGAUCCAGAAGACGGCGACGAUCGCUCGAUUGACUAUCAAAUCGAAGAGAAGUUGGGAUCCGAAUCAUGGACCCUCCCCGCAUCGAGCUUGGAUGACUCCUUGCGGCCAGUCGUGCACACCAUCUUCCAGGGAUUGGUCGGUCAACUGGAACGAUAUCGCCAGCUUGUCGAUAACUUUGACAAGUACCUCCUUGAACGUCGACAAGGUCUUCUGUUCUCGGAGAACUUGACAGACGCAUUGACCCUUGCCUUGGAUUUAGAUGAAGCCGGUGCUACUAUCCAACUUCGUCCGACUACUCCCGCUGCGCUCCCUGAGACACCACAAAAACCGAAACCCACUCCAAAGAAGGCAAACUCGUUUGUCUCGUUCCUGACGCCAAGAAAGUCGAAACCUACUCAUUCAAAACAAACUUCUUCUCUGGCGGAUGCAAAUACGCCUUCCAAGAAUGUGGCUGCGAGUCCUUUUGGGCCGCAUUACCAACAGACGGGAUCCAUCGUUGUCGAGCCAUUCGAGGCGCCCUUACCAUCGGCUGGCCCGUGGACACCUGCGAAGCCACGUAAGUUCAAUGCAGAAGAAGAGGACGUGUUUAUGUCAGGGUGGGGUGAGGGGAAGGUGGAAGAAUCGGAAGAACAGACCCAGUCGGAAAAGACCAGGACAGUGACUUUAUCACAGUUGUUGGAUAACGUGGUCAUCUUGGAAGAGUCCAUCAAGGAGCUGGUUGCUAUCAUCCAUGCGCGACGGAGUCUUGGGAUUGAUUCUGUACGAUACGUGUAAGUUCCACAAGGCGGUAGGACAAAGAGCCCGUAUACCCAUGUCUGCAUCUACUGCUUUGCUUUCUUUCAUGUUCGGACGUCCAUCAUUACUAUUAUAUAGUGCAAUUCAGAUGAAAACUUGCAAGCAUGAUCAAAACUC